UCACGUGUCACGGAGAUGCGGAAGUGCUAGCUGUGCUAGCAGCUCUCACAGUCCAGCUUCUUCUGCACAUUAUAUCCACUUUUUUCAAAGCUGGGAACAAGUAAACUGCACUCAUGGUCAGGAUGAACCAGAAGCACAGUCUGGAGGGUCAGGUGUACUCGGUGCCUCUCAUCCAACCAGACCUGAGGAGAGAGGAGGCUGUCCAUCAAAUAGCUGAUGCACUUCUCUAUUUGGACAACAUCUCUACAGAUAUUUUCAAAAGGGUGUCAGAGAGCGUAGAGAAAAAUCGGCGGCAGCUGCAGAGCAUCACGGACCGGAUCAGACUCGCUCAGGCCCGUGUUGACAAAAUCAAAGGCAGUAAGAAAGCAACUAAGGUUUUCUCCAGUGCCAAGUACCCGGCCCCAGAUCGCCUUCAGGACUACUCAUCUAUCUUUACUGGUGCCACAGACCCUUCCUCACAGAACCGCCCACGACAGAGGAUACAGAACAAACUUCGACCCUUCGAUGAAAAGGCCUUGCAGGAGAAGUUGAUGUAUUUCCCAGUGUGUGUGGGAAACAAGAAGAAAUCAGAGGAUGAGACAGAGGAGGGACUGGGAAGUCUGCCGCGCAACAUUUCAUCUGUCAGCUCCCUGUUGCUCUUUAAUACCACAGAGAACCUGUAUAAGAAGUAUGUGUUCCUCGAUCCUCUGGCGGGAGCAGUGACCAAAACACACACAACUUUAGAGACGGAAAAAGAAGAUAAACCGUUUGACGCUCCGUUGUCCAUCACAAAGAGAGAACAACUAGACAGACAAACGGCAGAGAACUAUUUUUAUGUACCGGACCUGGGAGAAGUGCCCGAGAUAGAUGUGCCGUCUUACUUGCCCGACCUGCCGGGUAUAGCAGAUGACCUGUCCUACAGCGCUGACCUCGGGCCCGGCUUUGCCCCGUCAGGACCCACACACAACAUCCCUGAGCUGCCCUCUUUCACUGAUGAGAGCAGUGCACAAGGAUUUCAGCUGCAGCGUAAUGCUGCACCUCCACCUCCACCCCCGCCGCCUCCUCCUCCUCCUCCUCCUCCACCUGAACCGACCAUCACCUCAGCUCCUCCCACAGGAGCUCCACCUCCUCCACCUCCUCCACCCCCUCCUCCUGCCAACAGCUCCACAGAAGUCUCUGCAGUGCCCAAUUCAGGUGCCAUGUCCGGUGCUCCCAGCGAGGUGGUCCAGCCGUCAGACGGCCGUGCCAGUCUGCUGGAGUCCAUCCGCAACGCCGGGGGCAUCGGCAAAGCCCAGCUGCGCAACGUCAAAGGACGCAAGAUGGAGAAGAAGAAGCAGAAGGAGCAAGAGCAAGCAGUUGGAGCGGCAUCUAGUGGUGGAGACUUUAUGUCUGACCUCUUCAAUAAACUGGCCAUGAGAAGAAAAGGUAUAUCUGGGAAGGGUCCGGCAGGCGGGGAGUCGGGUGACGCUCCGCUGGGCAACAGCGGCGCGUUUGCCAGGAUGUCGGAUGUCAUCCCACCACUUCCUGCGCCACAGCCGACAGCAGACGACGACGACUGGGAGGCAUAGAACGUGAAGACUUGAAGCUGUGAUGUUUUAAUUUCCCCUCACAAUGCCACUGAUAAUGUUGGAUAUUGAUUUGUCCAAACAACUAAUUAUAUUAAUAUAUUCAUUGUAAAACAUAUUUUCAUCCAUUAAAACAAUUAAUCAAC